AUGAAGGUCGCUUUUACUUCUUUCUCCCUUGUCUUUUUUUUCUUUCUUUCUUUUACUUUUUCUUUUAUUCUUUCUUUCUUCCUUUCUUUAAUAAACACCCAUUCCCAUUUCUUUCUUUCGUUUUCUUCCUACUUCCUUCCUUUUCUUCUUUCUCCAUUUUUACUUUCUUUUUUUAUCUCUAUCUUUUAUGAUUUUUCCAUUUCUUUCUUUCUGAGUAAUAUUUGCAGUGAUUUUCUUCUUAGCUUCUUUCCGACAUUUUUUUCUUUUUUUAUUGAGCAAAUCUUCUUCCUCACUACUUACUCAAUUUCCUUCGCCAUUUUUCAUUUCUUUCUUUCCAUUUUUCAUCCCGAUUUAUCAUUUUUUGCAUUUUUAUCUUUGUCCUUUUUUCAUAUUUUCUUUUCUUCAUUAUUUCUUCCUAUUUCUCUUUCAAAUUCAUUUUAUAAUUUUCCUUUUUCUUUUCUUCCUUCUUUUUCUUCCUUCUUUUUCCCCGGAUUUUUCUUCAUCAUCAUUUUCUAUUUAUUAUUUUUUUCUUUUCUUUUUUCUCUUUUUUUUUUUUUUUUUUUUGUUCUUCGUCAUUUUUCCAUUUCUUCUUCUUUUAAUUUCCUUUUCUUCUUCUUCAGUUCCCUUGAUCUUCAUCAGUAUCCACUCUGCCUCUCUCUCUCUCUCUCUCUCUCUCUCUCUCUUGCCUCCUUAACUAUCAUUUCCCUUCUUUCAUUCAUUACCCAUGAAAUUAUCAUCAUCAUCAUCAUCAUCAUCACCAUCGUCUUCUCCUCCUCAUCCUCCUCCUCCUCCUCCUCCUCCUUCUUCUUCUUCUUCUUCUUCUUUUUUAUAAUUUCUCUUUCUUUCUUCUUUUAUUUUACUUUUCACCAAUUUCCUUUUCUUUCUUUCUCUUAUUUUUUUCAUCAUCAUCAGCAUUAUUAUUAUCAUCACCUAACUAUUUUCUCCUUCUUAUUCAUCAUCAUUUCCCUCUCUUUUCUUUUCUCCAUCUCUUUCCUCUCUGAUUUAUAA